AUGUCCGCGUCGACCGCGCUGGACGUCCUCCGCGACCGGUGCGCGCGCGGUGGGCUCGACGUGUGCGGGGGGUGCGCGCUCCGGGCGUACGAGGACGCGAUCGAGCGCGUGGGAACGCGGGCGAGCAUGCGAAGGAGCGGCGAUGAAUCUGACGAUGGAAAAGACGAUGCGGCGAUGACGAUGAGUCACGCGGGCGACGACGCGUUGGUGUGCGUCGUCGGGAACUCAAAGGCGUUGUGGCCGAAGUUUGUCGAGGCGUUGCGACGCGAUGGCGGGGCGACGGUGGAUGCGUUCGCGAGGCGAGCGAUUGAGAGCGCGGCGGUUACGGCGGCGGCGCGCGCCGGCUCGAAACGGUUUCGGGUGUAUUGGGCGACAGAUCUCGAACCCGGGAAGGUUGUGGCGAUUCAACGAUUGGCGGCGACAGCGAAUGUGGCGUAUUUUGACGACGCGACGCAUCAGAGUCUUCAUCCGACGCACGGACCGUGGUGCGCGUUCAGAGCCGCGGUGGUAUUCGAUGACGUUCGAACAGAGGGAGAAAUCGAGCCGGGCUCGUUGGCGUGUCCGGUGAGCGCAGGGGCACUGAGGAGGGCGAAGGAGGCGUUCGACGUCGCGGUGGAGCGAUACGGUAACGCGGCGAACAAGGAUGAGAUGCAUAAGCUGUGGCUUGCGGCUCGCAUCGCGAUGGAAGACGGCGAAAAGUUCCGCGAGUGCAGGUAUUACGAUGAUCAGAUUCUUUGGCACUAUGACGUCAACAGGACGUCGGUGCGCGAUAGAAUCGUCAAUGGUGGAGGAGUAGAAUAG